AUGCCAUUGCUGAUGAGACCAGGUCCGGUAGUUCGAACUGGUCCUGACGAAGUAAUUGUAAAUGACCCUAGUGUGUUGGAUGUCAUAUAUGGCUUUGGAAGCAAAUUCCAGAAGACUGACUUCUACCGUCUAUUCGGCUUCCCGGACAUAUGGGGCGUCCACGUUUUCAGCACCAUCGAUCGUAACCACCACAGCAAGCUGAGUCGUCACAUUGCGUCAGCAUAUACCAUGACGGCCCUCGUCGAGCUUGAACCUCUGGUGGACGAUUGUAUCGACCUCUUCGUGAAGAAAAUUACCUCACACCUUUCCGACCCGGGUCCGAUGAACAUGGCAAAAUGGUUCCAGUGGUAUGCCUUCGACGUGAUUGGACAGCUCACAUUUUCCACCAAGUUCGGGUUCAUGGAACAGGAAAAGGACAUUGAGAAUGCCACCUGGACAAUCGAUCUCUUAUUGUUCUAUGUAUCUGUCAUUGGGCAGGCGUUCUGGCUUCACUGGCUUCUGCUCGGUAACCCUCUUGUGGCGUGGCUUACCAAGGGUGCUUCCAGCGGGUCGAUCAUCAUGUUUGAACGUCAGAUGGCGAACAAACAGAUCCAAGAUAGACAAGCCCGAGGAUCCAAUCACCGAGACAUGCUCUCUCGUUUCCUCCAGGAGCAUGAGAAGAAGCCUGAUGAGUACACGGUCAAGGACCUUCACACGACCUGUGCAAUGAACAUUGCUGCAGGCUCUGACACCACGGGAAUUGCCUUGACCGCAACCUUGUUCCACCUCUUGAAGAAUCGACACACCCUCCAAAAGCUGCGUGACGAGAUAGAUCGGUUCGAUGACGAUGGCAAGCUGUCCCGGCCAGCGAAACUGGGCGAGACCCAGUCGAUGCCGUAUCUACAGGCGGUGAUCAAAGAGUCCAUGAGAAUCCAUCCGUCCGUGGCCUAUAUCUAUCCACGUUACGUCCCAGAAGGGGGUAUCAUGGUGGCAGGAAAGCACAUUCCUGCUGGAGCGCGUAUCGGAAUGAACGCCUAUAUGAUGCACCGAAACAAAAGCAUAUUCGGAGACGACGUCGAAUUAUUCAGGCCGGAGCGAUGGCUCGGAUGUGACACCAAGCGCAUGGAUCACUACAUGUUCCAGUUCGGCGCGGGUCCCUACACCUGCAUGGGAAAACAUAUCAGCAUUCUCGAGAUCAACAAGGUUAUAGUCGAACUCGUCCGAAUAUUCGACAUCAGCUUGGUCGACCAGGAUUUCGAGUUCAAAUUGACCAACUGGUGGUUCCUGAAACCGGAGGAUUUGCCGUGUGCUUUUACGAAGCGGGACCGCGGCGUACAGGUCCAUGUAUAG